CGCCCCCUGCUGCUCAAGGCAACAGUUCUUGGCAAGGCUUUGGCGGUCGAGCAUUUAGGAACCGCGGUCGGGACACACACGUUGGAGGCGGGGCUCCAGUGGCUAAAACCCGCCUUCAAGCCUCGCAGCCCGUGCGUCGCUGUCUUCGGGAUCUGUGAAGUGUGCAGUGAUAUCCUGAGAGAAGAUGGGAAAGGGCUGCAAGGUUGUGGUUUGUGGCUUGCUAUCCGUGGGGAAAACAGCAAUAUUGGAGCAGCUCCUUUAUGGGAAUCAUACUAUUGGAAUGGAAGAUUGUGAAACAAUGGAAGAUGUAUAUAUGGCUUCAGUGGAAACAGAUCGAGGAGUAAAGGAACAGUUACAUCUUUAUGACACCAGAGGUCUACAGGAAGGUGUGGAACUGCCAAAGCAUUAUUUUUCAUUUGCUGAUGGCUUUGUUCUAGUGUACAGUGUGAAUAAUCUUGAAUCCUUUCAAAGAGUGGAACUUCUGAAGAAAGAAAUUGAUAAGUUUAAAGACAAAAAAGAGGUAGCAAUUGUUGUAUUAGGAAACAAAAUCGACCUUUCUGAGCAGAGACAAGUGGACGCUGAAGUGGCACAGCAAUGGGCAAAAAGUGAGAAGGUGCGACUGUGGGAGGUAACGGUUACAGAUCGGAAAACUCUGAUUGAACCAUUCACUCUCUUAGCCAGCAAACUCUCCCAGCCCCAGAGCAAAUCGAGCUUUCCUUUGCCCGGGAGGAAAAACAAAGGGAAUUCUAGUUCUGAGAACUGAAAGUCAGUGCCAUAGUUGUUUGUGGAAUAGUGAUUGCCUUUAAGUGUCUGUGAACGUGUUUAAAGUAGGCCAUUUAUUUGUAGCUGCCUUUGGUCGUUUGGAAAUCCCUAAGGAAGUAAUUUAAUGCACAUUAUGUUUAAAUUAUUUGGGCUAAGUUUAUUAUUAUUGCCUGAUACAAAAUAAUGUAAUGUAUUCUGGCUGCUUGGAAUUUGUCCCUGAUAGUAGCAACUAUAUGUACCUAUGAGUAGUGCCCCUGCCCAAUGUUUCAGAAGCUACCAUUCUGUAAACUUUAUGCAUUUUUAGCUCAAAGAUAACUGUUUUAAAGAAAGUCAUCAGUCAUCUAAUGCCUAGAAUUAUAAAAUGGCAUUUUUGUGUCUUAGAUCAAACAGUAAACAAUUUGGGUACUAAGCUGAAUUUUAUGUGGUGGAGGUCUUGCUAAAUAGAACAAAACCUAUGGUUUAGCUUUGUUCAAAUUACACAUUUAGCAUGACUGGAGGUAGUGGUUGGUAUAAAUAACGUUCAAACUGUUUCUUUAGAACUCUCUUAGGCCCAUAAGGAUAGAAAACUUCUGUUUUCCACAAGGAAUACUAUACCUUCUGGAACAGUUUUCUCGAUACAUAGUCAGGUGGAAUAAAACGUAUCAUAAAAAUAUUGGACUACACGUAGUCUUCAAGCUGGAUAUCUAAGUUCGUGCUCAGGUGCUCUGAAGAUUUUGGCAAGGUCUGAGCAAUGGAGCUCACUGUAGUUGGCAGGCUGACAAUAUUGUAACUAAUUUUAAAAGUAGGAAGCAAGCACUUAGUGGUUUCAAUAUGAAAGCACUUAACUAAUUUAAAUGUAAAACAAGAAAUAAGCUGUUCAAGCAAAGAAAUGGGAACAUCAUCUAGUAAAUUUUAAAAUCUUCAAUGGUAUGCUUUUAGGUUAGGCUAGUAUUGCCACUGUGUAAUUCUUUAAAAUUUCUCAUCACAAAUACAUUUUUGGUCAAAAAUUAUCACUCAGAUAAGUCACCCCCUACUUGCUCUCCCACUUGAGUUUAUCUUGGAGCUUUUUUCCUAUGUAUUUUACAUAGAUGGAUAAAUACUUUUACAAUUAUUUCAAAAUAAUAUACUAGAGCGUCCUGCAAUUUGCUUUUUCCUAGUGAACUCAGGUCUGUGUUGACAUGCAUCUAGUUACCAUAUUCCUUUUAAAUGCUUACUGAAUGUGUAUGCACCUCUGGGGUGGAUACCAAGAGCUAGAAUUGCAUUACCCUGUAGGUAAGAACACUUAGGUGCUGCCAAAUCGCCCUCUAAUGUGGCUGUACUUAUUUAUCCACGAGGGAACCCAUUUCCCAUGCACUUGCCACCAUGGCAUCUUAGAAAUGCUUUUUAAAAAGUUAAUCUUUGAACUGCUUUUAAAAAAGUUAAUCUUUGGGUUCAUCUUUGAAAGACAGUGGGUUAGAUUAACCUUUUCUAAGGCCCCAAAGAUGUAUCUUCCAAGGCUGUUGUAUAAAUUAAAGUAAUAUACCAAUUCAUUGAGUCUGUAAUUACUUCUAGGUUGCUUUAUAGCACAGAUCUAUCAAGUUUUAAAAAAAAGUAAAUGAAUACAUCAGUUAGGUGGUU